AUGAGCGAGGCGAGCCGGGUGUGCUCGGGCUACUACAGCCUCAACCACAGCUUCGUGGAGCCCUUCGAGUGCCCCCGGAGCGGCGAGGGGGCCGCCCUCCUCUACUGCUGCGGCUUCGCCGACCUCAAGUACUGCUGCAGCGAGCCGGGCAGCUACUUCCCCUACAAGCACAGCUAUAUGUGGAGCCUCAGCAUCGGUGCCCUGGUUGGCCUGGGAACUGCUGCCCUUGUUCUACUUGCCUUUGUCAUCAGCGUCUGCGUCCUCUGCUACUUAUUUCUGUAUACAAAGCCUCAAAGAUUAGACACUGGCCUUAAACUUCAACACCUAGAGGCUUCUUCCGCUCCAGAAGGCAACCCGAACAGGAAAACCAAUGCCCCCAAUUCAAAUGCAGCAUCAAAUUCGACAAUUGAAACAUCCUAUGAAGCUGAUGACAUGAUUCAAGAGCCAACAAUGGAGACAACACAAAUCAACACUGUGUAUUAUUAAAAAGCCUGUUCUGUAA